AUGGCACCCGAAAGCGGCCUCGCGACUCCGAAGCUCCAGAGGCGAAGCACUUCCCGGCAAUUCCGAGUCUCGACCUUCAAAGGCCCAGAAGGCAAGGAGCUAGAGGCCGGCGCUGCUCCGACGCGCCAGCAAGAUCAUGAAGUCUCCUUGACAAGGCUGAGGCAGAAGGCGUCUUUGAUUGGGACUCUUUUCCGUGUUGCUGGCGAGAGCAUCGCCCCGCUGGAGGGAUACUUCCAGGACUCAACGAAGAACUGCCAGGUCUAUUCGAAGAUUUGGGAGAAGCCACAGGAACCCGAAGGAUCGCCGGAGAAGUCCAAGAGCGAGCAGAAAGAGGCAGAGCUGUCGACCCCGAAAGCUCAGCAAACCGUGGAGAUUGUGAAUGGCUCUCCAGCACCAACGGAACGUGAGGACGAAACUCCGGAACAGAAGUCUGCAGCAAGCGGCAGGCUACCGGACCAUCAAGCCCAGCAGUCGAAAGAGGAAGAUGCAGGAGGUCCCGAGACCUUUGUCAGCUCGUCUUCGUCCUUUCUCUCCUCCGUUCUUCCCGGUGGCCGAGAUUCAGGCGCAGCUGCGGAUUCGACGGACGCUCCAGCCGCGCACGUUGCGAUGGACUGCUCUGGAGCUUCAGAACCAGAUGCCAAUGUCCAAGAAGGAAGUGGCCAGGGUCCUUCCGUGUCAGCUUCAGCUCGAGUUCCGCCGGACGCGGACAACAUCACGAGCUUGAAGAACAACUUUGGGGAGCCUGGAUACUGCCUCUGUCAACUGAAUCUAAGGAGUGAAUACGACACGCCGCGGAAAUGCUCCCGCAAGAGUUCGCCCUCUGCCCUUCGGUGUACUCAACACCUCAACAGCAAGACGGCCAUGAGUUUCUGCAAUGAGAUGCACCUGGAUUGGAGCUGCGUCCGAGCCGAUCUGCAGAACGGAGCAUUUCGAGUGGAGUUCCACUGUGAUACGCCAUCUAGCAGGAGACAUCCGGAUGCGGAGGGAGCGAAGGAUAAGCGACCUCCAGCCCGUAACUUCUCGGUGGCAGCAUUUGGGAACGGAGCGCUCAAAGCAGUGGCGGACUACGUUGCGGGGAAGUCCUAUGAGGCACUGACAAAGCAUGCGGAGCCACCUACAAAGAAGCCUCGUACCAGGCGUUUGCUGCUCUUCCUGGCGGCGCGUAUCUUUGACGACAUCGAGGAGAACGUUCCUGGGGCAGGGAGGACACUGGAGGGAAAGGAUCAAGAUCUGGAUGGCAUGUGCUGUCAGCCUGUGUCUGGUUCCGGUGAGUUUCUCAAAGAGAACGCAGUGAAAAAGCGGCGAGUCAUCAGGCUUUUUUGGAGUCGCUUGGAUUCCUUUGUGAGCCAUGGGCCAGCAGUGCUGCGGUACCAGGCCGAAAGAGGACUGGCCGGUCUGCGCGACCAGGUCUCCACCUCCGCAGGCAUUCCGCAAGAUCCGCAGCGAGCUCGACGACGACAUCGACUCCACGGUCGCAUCGCCGGUGGCAGCCACCAAGCAGGGAGUCACCAGAUUCGGCUCAGAGGCAGAUACUGUACUAGCAGCUAG